CACACACUUUUCCCAACACUGUUAUGGAACUGACCAAAAUUCCCUGUAUUUUAUUUUCUGUUCUGCUCUGUUCUUUCUAAUCGAUACUUUUAACCAGGAGAAGGGUUUUUGGUGUGCAAAUUGAGGAGAGGAAAAGAGAGAAAGAGAGAGACAGUGAGAUGGGAAGAUUAUUUCUGGUGGAUCUUGAAGGCAGGACAUACACCUGCAAAUCUUGUAAAACCCAAUUGGCCCUUGUAGAUGAUCUUAUUUCCAAGGCUCUUGAUUGCUGGAGAAGAAAGGCCCACCUAUUCAAUAAUGUAGUGAACAUCACUUUUGGACCUCUUGAGGAGAGGCCAAUGAUCUCGGGAAUGCAUACAGUAUCAGAUAUAUUUUGUUGCUGUUGUGGGCAAAUUGUUGGUUGGAAAUAUGAAUCUGCAUGCGAAAGUAGCCAAAAGUAUAAAGAAGGCAAAUUUGUUCUUGAAAGACGGAGGAUCAUUGACAGUAUGGACUCUGAACUCUACAUUGAUACUCGUGCUUCCACAAAUACGAAACCAAGAACCCGGAGCUCAGCCAUUCAGCCACCCAGGAGGGACGAGUUCCGAGCGCAGCUACAGUCUUUCAUGGAGCGAAUCCUUGCACAACUCGGGAGUUUAGAGACAUCGGUUGCGUCUUUUGACAGUGAGCUCGGGGCUUUUGAGAGUCGGGCUGCAGAAUUUGAAGUGAGACUUGAUGGAAUCUACGCACAGCUACUGGAGUGGAUGGGGCAGCAUGGAUGUACCGAUCCCAUCUCAGUGCAAGAUGUUGCUCAAAGGGAAACAGCCCGGGCACCUCAGGGGGACGACGAGGAUGCUACACAUGCAAAUAAUGACAUUGCGGAGCCCAGCCCAGGACCGUCUAGGAUGGACGAGCUCCGAAAGAAUAUGUCGUCUUUCGAGGAGCAAGUCCUUGCGGAUUCCAGGAGUCUGCAGACAACGAUUGGGUUUAUUUACGGGUGGCUUGCGUCUCUUGAUAGUCCAGUUGCAGACCCGGCAAACGAUGAGGAUGCUGCUACACACACAGAUGAUGACACUGCCAGGCCCAGCUCGAGACCGCCCUGGAGGGACGAGUUCCGAAAUCAAAUAUCCUCUUUCGAGGAGCAUGCCCUUGUGCAAUUCGGGAGUCUGCAGGCAUCGAUUGGGUGUAUUAACAGUCGGCUUGGGUCUCUUGAUAGUCGGGUUACUGGACUUGAAGUGAAAGUUGCCGAACUUGAAGUGAAACUUGAUGGAAUCCGUGCUCGCCUCCCUCCAGCUCCACCUUCUAACCCGUCUCAGGCUCCUUGAUUCAGAACAGGCGUGUUUAAUUUUAUGCAAUUAUAUUUUUGCAUUUAAUUUACGACUUUAUUUUGGGCCUUAUAAUCUGGGUUUUAAAGCUUGGAUGCUUUACAUUUCAGAGCUUUAUCAUACUCCGUAUUAGUUUGUGCUUA